UCGUUCUGAAGCGGCGAGCUGCGAAGGAGAUAAGGGCACUUUUGUGUGACGUCAUGCCUUUCUUUGAUGUGCAGAAAAGACUGGGCAUUAGUUUAGAUUGUCACAUGACGAUCCAAAGUUCUGAACAGCCCUACAGAAUUGCUUCUCGAUGCCAUGCUUUUGAGAAAGAAUGGCUAGAACGUGCACAUGGAAUUGGUGCUACCCGGGCGAAUAAAGAGUGCAAGAUAGAAUAUGAUGAUUUGGUAGAGUGUUUACUUCGGCAGAAAAUGAUGAAACGUAUGAGUGCCAUCAAUAAGCAACGAGAUAAGCUAAUAAAGGAAGGGACGUACACCCCACCACCUCACCACUUGGGCAAGGAAGAGCCUAGGCCCUGAGCAGGGCAGCUGCCAAUGGCUGGAGGCUGAUCUUCAUGCUCUUUUCCACUGCAGUGAUUGUUUACUGAAAAACUUCUGUCAAUGUGUAAAAAAUAAAGGAAUACUAUGUCC